AUGAAGAUCUUAAGUAGCAGUUCUAUUUUCAUCAUUCUGUUAAUCUUUGUUUCAGGAUUCAUACAAGCAAAAGCAAGAGUACCAUUAUUCUACUGUGGCACCCCAGGAAUCCGAUGCUAUAACCAGUAUAUACUUUGCCCCUUUGAAUGCCCAAGCAAUUACUCACAUAACACCAAGGAAAAAGUUUGCUAUGCUGACUGCAACUCUCCACAUUGCAAGGCCCAGUGCAAGCUUAAGAAACCUAACUGUGAAGCCCCGGGAUCAGCAUGCUACGAUCCCUGUUUCAUUGGUGGUGAUGGAAUUGUCUUCUAUUUCCAUGGAAAGAGCAAUGAGCAAUUCAGCCUAGUAUAUGAUUUUGAUCUUCAAAUCAACAGCCGCUUCAUUGGUCACAGGCCAGCUGGCCGACCGCGGGAUUUCACUUGGAUUCAAGCCCUGGGAAUCCUUUAUAACUCUCAAACCUUCUCUCUUGAGGCCACUAAGGCAGCAACUUGGGACAGUGAAGCUGACCAUUUAAAGCUCACCUACAAUGGACAAGAUUUAGUCAUACCUGAAGGCUCCUUCUCCACUUGGUACUCCCCAGAGAAGGACUUGGAAGUGGAGAGAGUAUCUAGCAAGAACAGUGCCAUAAUCACCUUGGAGGACAGAGCAAAUAUUUUGGUAAAUGUGGUUCCAGUGACUGAAGAAGAUGAUAAAAUCCACAAGUAUCAAGUGCCUGCUAAUGACUGCUUUGUCCACUUGGAGGAAUUUAAGUUCUUUCACCUAUCCUCAACAGUUGAUUGAGUACUUGGCAGGACUUACAGGCCUGAUUUUGAGAACCCCGCAAAGCCUGGUGUCGCAAUGCCAGUUUUGGGAGGUGAAGACAAGUACAGAACCACAUCCCUUUUCUCUGCUGAUUGCACCUCCUGUAUAUUCUCUCCAGAAAGUGGUUCAAACCAAGAGACCUCCUCUGUCAUGCAGUAUGGCACUCUAGACUGCACAAAGGGGGCUUCUGCAGGAUAUGACAUUGUUUGCGGGAAGUAA